UUGCGGCUUGUGCUUGGUUUAUCGGGGGUAUUCAGAGGGCUCCAGGAUUUUUAAGUGUUCGGGGCUUAAUUAAACCGGUAUUUAAUCCUUUCUUUGUUAUUUUUUUAUAUGAAAUAAAAUAAAAGCACACAAUAAAGUGGGUGGAAAUACGAGGUGGUGGCCGGUGAAAAAUGUGAGCUCGUCAAUAAAAAUGAUGUAGCUACAGCCCUGGCUACCGGCGGCGGAGUGAUAUCCUGGUGAUUCGCGUCGGGCGAAUUUCGCGGGGGCCCUCAGCUGUUUCCCGCCAAAGAUCGCCAUUACAAAACGCGUUCGGGCGUUGUGUUGUGCGCCGCCGGAGUGGCUCUCCCCCGUGGAUUAAAUAAUCUCGGUUACGCGCCGAAAAGGAGAAGAAAAAAAAAAAGAGAAAACAAAAUUUACCAUCGACUUUGUGCUUUACGAGAUAACCAACAAGACUGUUUAUUUUCGUUAAAUUUUUUGUUUCUGUAUUUUACCGUCACAUUCAAAUCGCGAGGUGGGGAUUUAUUUCAAGUGAAUCGGUUGGUGUUGUGCGGCGCUUCCUGGCGCCCUGAGGGCACGCCAAUACGGAUCAAUUCCGAGUAAUUGACCCCUGGAUUAAUUAAAAAAAAAACCGAGUGAAGUUGAACAUUUGAAACUGCUUAAUAGACCCAGGUGUUUCGGAUUGCAAGAGUUAUUAACUUGAGUGCAGUGGAUAGACCGAGAACAAGUGAAAAAAUCAUUUUUUUGGGAUUCAGUGGAGGAACAGAAUAUUGACGAUUUUUUUUUUACCACUCGUCUUUGUAGUUGCAGUUGUCCAAUAUCUUUGGAGAAUUGUGACGGGUUCUUUUCUUCUUUUCUUUUCAAUUGGUUGUUGGAGAGUUAUUUCGUCGACGACGAGCUAGUGAAAUUUAGUGAAAAGUGGGUGAGGAACGACGAGAUAUGUCAGUGUUUGGUGGUGACGAGAGGAUUCUGAUCGAGGAAAUUGUCGAGACUACCGAAGACCAGGAGACUGAGUUUUUCGGUACUGAGGAGUUGGACGAGAGUGGAUUGGCAACAGUGACACUUCUGGAAGUAACUGACAGCCAAGAGCAAGAUCCACUGUCCGAUACCGAGACUAAAGAGCAUAACGAUACUCAGGAGUGUGAUAAAGUGACACUUAGAUCGGGUAAAAACGUUGGUAGUCGUGGAAGUGGACAGAAUAAUUCAUUUGGCAGUGGUACAAGUGGUGAUACCAGUGGUAGAGUAACACAACGUACACAUAUGGAGCAGGAGAAACGGAUGAGGCGAGAAAUCGCCAACAGCAACGAGAGACGACGUAUGCAGAGUAUCAACGCUGGAUUUCAAUCGCUCAGAACAUUGCUGCCACAUCACGAGGGGGAGAAAUUGUCAAAGGUCAGUGAUUCAAUUUGGAACAAUGAUUUUUUUUUAAUUUUCCAACGAUUUUUCCAUGGCUAUUUCACAAUCAAUCAUUCGGGGAGAGAAAGUUCUUCUCUCAAUUGUUAG